AUGGCCGCCACCAAGGUGACAGCAGCGGCGACAGAGCUGGCGGCCGCCCGCGAGCACGGGCUGGCCGUGACCCGCGACUUCCACAGCAACCCCCGGCUGACCUACAGGACAGUGUGCGGUGUCAACGGGCCCCUGGUGGUGCUGGACAACGUCAAGUUCGCCCAGUACGCCGAGAUCGUGAACUUCACCCUGCCCAACGGCACCACCCGCAGCGGGCAGGUGCUGGAGGUGAUGGGCGCCAAGGCCAUCGUGCAGGUGUUUGAGGGCACAUCGGGCAUCGAUGCCAAGGCGACAACGUGCGAGUUCACGGGGGACAUCCUGCGCACGCCGGUGUCCGAGGACAUGCUGGGCCGGGUGUUCAACCCUCCCCAAACCCAUCGCCAGCCCAUCAACCCCCACGGGCGGAUCUAUCCUGAGGAGAUGAUCCAGACCGGGAUCUCUCCCAUCGACGUCAUGAACAGCAUCGCCCGCGGACAGAAAAUUCCCAUCUUCUCCGCCGCUGGGCUGCCCCACAACGAGAUUGCGGCGCAGAUCUGCCGCCAGGCCGGGCUGGUGAAGAAAUCCAAGGAUGUGGUGGAUUUCCACGAGGACAACUUCGCCAUCGUCUUUGCGGCCAUGGGGGUGAACAUGGAGACCGCGCGGUUCUUCAAGUCGGACUUUGAGCAGAACGGCUCCAUGGAGAACGUGUGCCUCUUCCUCAACCUGGCCAACGACCCCACGAUCGAGAGGAUCAUCACUCCGCGGCUGGCGCUGACCACGGCCGAGUUCCUGGCAUACCAGUGCGAGAAGCACGUGCUGGUCAUCCUGACCGACAUGAGCUCCUACGCCGAGGCUCUCCGAGAGGUGUCAGCAGCCAGGGAGGAGGUCCCGGGCCGCCGCGGCUUCCCCGGCUACAUGUACACGGACCUGGCCACCAUCUACGAGCGCGCCGGGCGCGUGGAGGGCAGGAACGGCUCCAUCACCCAGAUCCCCAUCCUCACCAUGCCCAACGACGACAUCACCCACCCCAUCCCCGACCUGACUGGGUUCAUCACUGAGGGCCAGAUCUACGUGGACCGGCAGCUCCACAACCGCCAGAUUUACCCCCCCAUCAACGUUCUGCCGUCCCUGUCCCGGCUGAUGAAAUCGGCCAUCGGAGAGGGAAUGACCAGGAAGGACCACGGGGACGUGUCCAACCAGCUGUACGCCUGCUACGCCAUCGGGAAGGACGUGCAGGCCAUGAAGGCCGUGGUGGGCGAGGAGGCCCUGUCCGCCGACGACCUCCUGUACCUGGAGUUCCUGCACAAGUUCGAGAAGCACUUCAUCUCCCAGGGUCCCUAUGAGAACCGGAGCAUUUUCGAGUCGCUGGACAUCGGCUGGCAGCUCCUGCGCAUCUUCCCCAAGCAGCUCCUCAAGCGCAUCCCCGAGAACAUCCUGGCCGAGUUCUACCCGCGCGAGGCCAAGGCGCCUGAGCAGGGCACGGCCCUGUGA